ACUGUAGCUGGAAAUGUACAGCACUCUGUGCUGUUGGGGUGUCUGUGCUUCUGGCAAUACUACUGUCUUAUUUUAUAGCAAUGCAUCUAUUUGGCCUCAACUGGCAGUUACAACAGACUGAAAAUGACACGUUUGAAAAUGGAAAAGUGAAUUCUGAGACUGUGCCAACACACACUGUAUCAUUACCUUCUGGUGAAAAUGGUAAAUUAGGAUUUGCACAGGAAAAUAACACUAUAGAUUCUGGAGAACUUGAUAUAGGUCGAAGAGCAACACAAGAUGUUCCACCUGGGAUCUUCUGGCGGUCACAAGUCUUUAUUGAUCAACCACAGUUUCUAAAAUUCAAUAUCUCCCUUCAGAAAGAUGCUUUGAUUGGAGUAUAUGGCCGAAAAGGUUUACCGCCUUCACAUACACAAUAUGAUUUUGUAGAACUUUUGGAUGGGAGCCGAUUGAUUGCAAAGGAGCAGCGUAACCUUCUUGAGACAGAGAGAGCAGGCAGACAGACAAGAUCUGUUAGCCUUCAUGAAGCGGGGUUCAUUCAGUAUUUGGAUGCUGGGAUCUGGCACCUGGCUUUUUACAACGAUGGAAAAAAUGCAGAGCAAGUGUCUUUUAAUACAAUUGUUAUAGAGUCUGUGGUUGAAUGCCCUCGAAAUUGCCAUGGAAACGGAGAAUGUGUUUCAGGAUCAUGCCAUUGUUUUGCUGGCUUUCUUGGCCCCGAUUGUUCAAGAGCAGCCUGCCCAGUAUUGUGUAGUGGCAAUGGGCAGUACUCCAAAGGACGUUGCUUAUGCUAUAGUGGUUGGAAGGGUACUGAGUGUGAUGUGCCUACCACCCAGUGCAUUGACCCUCAAUGUGGAGGUCGUGGGAUUUGUAUUAUGGGCUCUUGUGCCUGCAACUCUGGAUACAAAGGAGAAAACUGUGAAGAAGCUGAUUGUUUAGAUCCAGUCUGUUCAAAUCAUGGUGUAUGUAUCCAUGGAGAAUGUCACUGUAAUCCAGGUUGGGGUGGUAACAACUGUGAAAUACUGAAGACACUGUGUCCGGACCAGUGCUCUGGCCAUGGCACGUAUCUACAAGAAAGUGGCACUUGUAAUUGUGAUCCUAAUUGGACUGGCCCUGAUUGCUCUAAUGAAAUCUGCUCUGUAGACUGCGGUGCUCACGGUGUCUGCAUGGGUGGAACGUGUCGAUGUGAAGAAGGUUGGGCUGGAGCAUCUUGCAAUCAAAGAGCAUGCCAUCCUCGGUGUGCUGAACAUGGAACCUGUAAAGAUGGGAAAUGUGAAUGCAGCCAAGGCUGGAAUGGCGAGCACUGCACAAUUGCUCACUAUUUGGAUAAAAUAGUUAAAGACAAGAUAGGAUAUAAAGAGGGAUGCCCUGGCCUGUGUAAUAGCAAUGGAAGAUGUACUCUUGACCAAAAUGGCUGGCAUUGUGUUUGUCAGCCUGGAUGGAGGGGAGCAGGAUGUGAUGUCGCCAUGGAAACUUUAUGUACUGACAGCAAGGACAAUGAAGGAGAUGGAUUAGUUGACUGCAUGGAUCCUGACUGCUGUUUGCAGAGUUCCUGCCAAAACCAGCCUUUCUGUCGAGGAUUGCCUGACCCACAAGAUAUUAUUAGCCAAAGUCAGCAAUCACCAUCUCAGCAAGCUGCUAAAUCCUUUUAUGAUCGGAUUGGUUUUCUUAUAGGACCAGAAAGCACACAUGUUAUUCCUGGGGAAAGCCCAUUCAAUAGGAGUCUUGCAUCUGUUAUAAGAGGUCAAGUAUUAACAGCAGAUGGAACACCACUAAUUGGAGUUAAUGUCUCCUUUUUACAUUAUCCUGACUUUGGUUAUACGAUCACUCGUCAAGAUGGAAUGUUUGACUUGGUGGCAAAUGGUGGUGCAUCAUUAACUUUAGUAUUUGAACGAUCACCAUUCCUUACUCAGUACCAUACAGUCUGGAUUCCAUGGAACGUCUUCUAUGUCAUGGACACUCUUGUCAUGAAGAAGGAGGAGAAUGACAUUCCUAGCUGCGAUCUGAGUGGAUUUGUGAAACCAAAUCCCGUAAUUGUAUCAUCACCUUUAUCUACCUUGUUCAGGAUCUCUCCCGAAGACAGCACUAUUAUUCCUGAGACACAGGUGCUCCAUGAAGAAACUGCAAUACCAGGAACUGAUCUGAAAUUGUCAUACUUAAGCUCCCGAGCGGCGGGGUAUAAAUCUGUACUUAAGAUCACAAUGACACAGUCUGUGAUACCAUUUAAUUUAAUGAAAGUUCAUCUCAUGGUGGCAGUAGUAGGAAGACUUUUCCAAAAAUGGUUCCCUGCAUCCCCAAAUUUGGCUUAUACAUUUAUAUGGGAUAAAACUGAUGCAUAUAAUCAAAAGGUCUAUGGUUUAUCUGAAGCUGUUGUAUCUGUUGGUUAUGAAUAUGAAUCUUGUUUGGAUCUAACAUUGUGGGAAAAACGUACAGCCAUUCUACAAGGUUAUGAACUGGAUGCCUCCAACAUGGGUGGAUGGACACUGGACAAACACCACGUAUUAGAUGUUCAAAAUGGAAUCCUGUAUAAAGGCAAUGGGGAAAAUCAGUUUAUCUCUCAGCAACCACCUGUUGUUAGUAGUAUAAUGGGUAAUGGCCGACGGCGCAGCAUUUCUUGCCCAAGUUGCAAUGGUCAAGCAGAUGGCAAUAAACUCUUGGCUCCAGUUGCCCUAGCUUGUGGAAUUGAUGGAAGCCUGUAUGUAGGAGAUUUCAACUAUGUUCGACGGAUAUUCCCAUCUGGAAAUGUAACAAGUGUACUUGAACUAAGAAAUAAAGAUUUUAGACAUAGCAGUAAUCCCGCUCACAGAUACUAUCUUGCAACUGAUCCAGUCACAGGAGAAUUGUAUGUUUCUGAUACAAAUACAAGACGGAUUUAUCGUCCAAAAUCACUUACAGGAGCAAAAGAUCUGACAAAAAAUGCUGAUGUAGUAGCAGGGACUGGAGAACAGUGCCUUCCAUUUGAUGAAGCACGAUGUGGCGAUGGUGGCAAGGCUGUAGAAGCUACUCUGAUGAGUCCGAAAGGAGUGGCAGUAGAUAAGAAUGGAUUAAUCUAUUUUGUUGAUGGGACUAUGAUCAGGAAAGUGGACCAAAAUGGAAUAAUAUCAACAUUACUUGGUUCAAAUGAUCUGACUUCCGCGCGACCAUUAACAUGUGACACCAGCAUGCAUAUCAGCCAGGUACGUCUGGAGUGGCCAACAGAUUUAGCUAUCAACCCAAUGGAUAACUCCAUAUAUGUGCUGGAUAACAACGUAGUGCUUCAAAUUACAGAAAAUCGGCAAGUCCGUAUAGCUGCUGGAAGGCCAAUGCACUGCCAGGUCCCUGGAGUGGAAUAUACAGUUGGAAAACAUGCAGUACAAACUACCUUAGAAUCAGCCACGGCUAUUGCUUUAUCUUAUAAUGGGGUGCUUUACAUUACGGAAACAGAUGAAAAAAAGAUAAACAGAAUAAGACAAGUAACAACUGAUGGAGAAAUCUCAUUAGUUGCUGGAAUACCUUCUGAAUGUGACUGCAAAAAUGAUGUUAACUGUGACUGCUAUCAAAAUGGUGAUGGCUAUGCUAAAGAUGCCAAACUCAGUGCCCCUUCUUCCUUAGCUGUAUCACCUGAUGGAACACUGUAUAUUGCAGACCUUGGAAAUAUUCGAAUAAGAGCUGUGUCAAAGAACAAACCAUUACUGAAUUCCAUGAACUUUUAUGAAGUUGCUUCUCCAACUGAUCAGGAGCUCUAUAUCUUUGAUGUCAAUGGCACUCAUCAGUACACAAUGAAUUUAGUCACAGGAGACUAUCUGUACAAUUUUAGCUACAGUAAUGACAAUGAUAUAACUGCAGUUACUGACAGCAAUGGAAAUACCCUUCGUAUUAGGCGUGACCCCAAUCGGAUGCCAGUAAGAGUAGUAUCUCCGGACAAUCAAGUCAUCUGGUUAACCAUAGGAACCAACGGUUGCUUAAAAAAUAUGAUAGCACAAGGACAGGAACUAGUCUUGUUCACAUAUCAUGGCAACAGUGGACUCCUAGCAACUAGAAGUGAUGAAAUUGGAUGGACGACAUUUUUUGACUAUGACAGUGAAGGCAGAUUGACCAAUGUCACAUUUCCAACUGGAGUGGUCACUAAUCUACAUGGAGAAAUGGAAAGGGCUAUUACUGUAGACAUUGAAUCAUCUAGCAGAGAGGAUGAUGUCAGCAUCACUUCAAAUUUAUCCUCAAUUGAUUCUUUCUAUACAAUGGUCCAAGAUCAGUUAAGAAAUAGCUACCAGAUUGGAUAUGAUGGGUCUCUCAGAAUCAUCUAUGCCAGUGGUCUGGAUACACACUACCAAACAGAACCACAUGUUUUAGCAGGUACAGCCAAUCCAACUGUAGCAAAAAGAAAUAUGACUCUUCCUGGAGAAAAUGGACAGAAUUUAGUGGAGUGGAGAUUUCGAAAAGAACAAGCACAAGGCAAAGUGAAUGUGUUUGGCCGUAAGCUCAGAGUUAAUGGUAGGAACCUCCUUUCAGUUGACUUUGAUCGGACUUCAAAGACAGAGAAGAUUUAUGAUGAUCACCGAAAAUUUCUACUGAGAAUCGUCUAUGAUACUUCAGGACAUCCAACACUCUGGUUCCCAAGCAGCAAGCUUAUGGCUGUCAAUGUUACCUAUUCAUCUACAGGUCAAAUUGGUAGCAUCCAACGAGGCACAACUAGUGAAAAAGUAGAUUAUGAUGGACAGGGAAGGAUUGUAUCUAGAGUAUUUGCUGAUGGUAAAACAUGGAGUUACACGUAUCUUGAAAAGUCAAUGGUUCUCUUACUGCAUAGCCAACGGCAGUAUAUCUUUGAAUAUGACUUACUGGAUCGGCUUUCUGCAAUAACCAUGCCCAGUGUAGCUCGCCACACUAUGCAGACUAUCCGUUCUAUUGGCUACUAUCGGAACAUCUAUAAUCCUCCAGAAAGCAAUGCCUCUGUCAUCAUGGAUUACAAUGAAGAAGGACAGCUGUUACAAACUGCUUUCUUGGGCACAAGCCGGAGAGUCUUGUUCAAAUACAGAAGGCAGACCAGGCUUUCUGAAAUUCUGUAUGAUAGCACAAGAGUGAGUUUUACUUAUGAUGAGACAGCAGGAGUUCUAAAAACAGUAAACCUCCAGAGUGAUGGCUUUAUUUGCACCAUUAGAUACAGGCAAAUUGGUCCAUUGAUUGACAGGCAAAUUUUCCGCUUUAGUGAAGAUGGAAUGGUAAAUGCCCGAUUUGACUACAGCUAUGACAAUAGCUUCAGAGUGACUAGCAUGCAAGGUGUUAUCAAUGAAACUCCAUUGCCUAUUGAUCUCUACCAAUUUGAUGACAUAUCUGGAAAAGUUGAGCAGUUUGGAAAAUUUGGGGUUAUUUAUUAUGAUAUUAAUCAGAUAAUUUCAACAGCUGUAAUGACUUACACAAAACACUUUGAUGCUCAUGGUCGCAUAAAGGAAAUUCAGUAUGAAAUAUUCCGUUCACUUAUGUACUGGAUUACAAUUCAGUAUGACAACAUGGGCCGAGUAACUAAAAGAGAAAUUAAAAUAGGCCCAUUUGCUAACACUACCAAGUAUGGUUAUGAAUAUGAUGUUGAUGGCCAGCUACAGACAGUUUACCUUAAUGAGAAAAUAAUGUGGCGCUACAACUACGAUUUGAAUGGCAAUCUCCACUUGUUGAAUCCAAGUAGUAGUGCUCGAUUGACACCACUGCGAUACGAUCUAAGGGACAGAAUCACUCGACUUGGUGAUGUUCAAUACCGGUUAGAUGAAGAUGGAUUCCUGCGACAGAGGGGCACUGAGAUAUUUGAAUACAGUUCAAAGGGCCUCCUUACCAGAGUUUAUAGCAAAGGCAGUGGAUGGACAGUGAUAUAUCGUUAUGAUGGACUUGGAAGACGUGUUUCCAGUAAAACUAGCCUGGGGCAGCAUCUUCAAUUUUUUUAUGCAGAUCUCACAUAUCCAACAAGAAUAACUCAUGUGUAUAAUCACUCAAGCUCUGAAAUCACUUCUCUCUAUUAUGACUUGCAAGGACAUUUAUUUGCCAUGGAGAUUAGCAGCGGAGAUGAGUUCUACAUCGCCUCAGACAAUACUGGAACCCCCCUGGCUGUUUUCAGUAGUAAUGGUCUAAUGCUGAAGCAGAUUCAAUACACUGCCUAUGGCGAAAUCUAUUUUGAUUCUAACCUUGAUUUCCAGUUGGUGAUAGGAUUCCAUGGAGGUCUUUAUGACCCACUAACCAAACUAAUUCAUUUUGGUCAAAGAGAUUAUGACAUAUUGGCAGGCCGUUGGACUACACCUGAUAUUGAAAUUUGGAAAAAAAUAGGAAAAGAUCCAGCUCCUUUUAACCUGUACAUGUUUAGAAAUAACAAUCCAGCCAGCAGAAUACAUGAUGUGAAAGAUUAUAUCACAGAUGUUAACAGCUGGCUGGUGACAUUUGGUUUUCAUCUACACAAUGCGAUCCCAGGUUUCCCUGUGCCUAAAUUUGAUUUAACUGAACCCUCCUAUGAACUUGUGAAGAGCCAGCAAUGGGAUGAUGUACCGCCAAUUUCUGGAGUGCAACAAGAAGUGGCAAGGGAAGCAAAGGCUUUCUUAUCCCUGGGAAAGAUGGCAGAAGUCCAGAUCAGCAAGCGCAGACCUGGGAGUGAGAAAUCCUGGUUGUGGUUUGCAACUGUGAAAUCUUUAAUUGGAAAAGGAGUAAUGCUUGCUGUCAAUCAAGGCAAAGUACAGACCAACGUGCUUAACAUUGCAAAUGAGGAUUGUAUCAAAGUGGCAGCUGUUCUGAAUAGUGCAUACUACCUGGAAAACCUGCACUUCACUGUUGAGGGAAAGGAUACGCAUUAUUUCAUUAAAACCACUUCACCCGAGAGUGACCUGGGCACGCUGAGAUUGACGAGUGGCCGGAAGGCACUGGAGAAUGGCAUCAAUGUCACAGUUUCCCAGUCCACUACUGUAGUGAAUGGCAGAACUCGUAGGUUUGCUGAUGUUGAAAUGCAGUACGGUGCACUGGCUCUUCAUGUCCGCUAUGGCAUGACGCUUGAUGAGGAGAAGGCACGGAUAUUAGAACAGGCUAGGCAAAGGGCUCUUUCCAAUGCCUGGGCCAGAGAACAGCAACGAGUGAGAGAUGGGGAGGAAGGGGCCAGGCUAUGGACAGAAGGGGAAAAGAGGCAACUUUUGAGUGCUGGAAAAGUUCAAGGAUAUGAUGGGUACUAUGUACUCUCUGUUGAGCAAUACCCCGAAUUAGCUGACAGUGCUAACAAUAUACAGUUUCUUAGACAAAGUGAGAUUGGAAAGAGGUAACACAUCGGUUGAGCUUGGCCUGCCAAAGAGACGGACCCUGUGCCAGUGUCUUCUAAGAGAGGAGACCAAAUAGUUUGCUGCAUUAUUACUUGAGCCUAAAUAUACAUCUUUGCUCAGAUUUUUCUGUAGCACAAUCUGAAUGGACUCUACAACAAAGAGAGAGCCUUCCAGAAGAAUGAUAAUAUUAAAAAGAAAAACUGGAGUUGUGGUUUUUUUUUUCUGAAUGACCUUAAAGGUGAUCUGCUUUAAAGAAUAUGUUUACAUAUGCAUAUCGCUGCACUCAAGUUGGACUGAAAAUACUAAAAAGAAAGAUCUAAAGAGUUUCCAACUGGCUGAGUAUUCCAGUAACUAAGAAAGAAAGCGAUAACAGUGUUUCCAAAUAUUACUAAAUUGUUGACUUUUACUUACAAAAAUUAGUAUUUUUUCCUACUCCUCCUCCUCCUUCUUCCCCUUUCUCCUCCUCUCCUGCUGACUCCCUUUCUCUGCCUAGGAUGUGGUAUAUAAUCUCUGUUCAUGUUAAGCGCGGGACAAGACUCUUUGUGUAUGGACAUCCCAAUGGCUUUAACAGUGCUGCUUUUUGAAAGGACACUGGCACAAGCAAUUUAUUCUACAAUCAAAAUUUGGUAAUGGAUUUUACGGUGAUCAUGGGGUUUACCUUGGGGAAAAUGGCAAAUAGAAUUCUUGUCACAGAAGCAAAGGAAGCUUGAUUUUUUUGUAAAUUAUGUGAGACAAGUUGUUUAUGGAUUUUUAUAUAAAUUACAAUUUACUGUACAUCAAAUAUUAGUCUCAGAGGAGUUAAUUUAUGUAAAGUGUUUAAAAAGUUUAUACUUAAAUAAAAUAAUAAAAAUAUGCA